AUGCAGGUGCAACAAGAGCCCUCUCGCAAGCGACCCAAGAUGCCUUCUUCCACUCUCAACAUCCCCUUGCAGUCGAUGCUCCCAUCACCUGCUCCUCUUCGCCUCCUCAUCCUCGGCUCUGGUGGACGUGAACAUGCCAUCGCCAACCACUUCCUUCGCUCUCAGCGCGUAGAGCACGUCUACUGCGCCCCCGGCAACGGUGGUACUGCUACCCUCGGCCCGCGCUGUACCAAUCUCGACUCUCCAAAGCCUUCGCACGACUUCAGCGAGAUCACCGCAUGGGCUGUCCAGAACCGCAUCAACCUCUGCUUCCCCGGUCCUGAGCAGCCUCUUGUCGAUGGUGUCGAGCUCGCCUUCCGCAAGGUCGGCAUCCCCGUCUUCGGCCCUUCGCCCGUAGCUGCUCAGAUGGAGGGUUCAAAGACCUUCGCCAAGGCUUUCAUGGACAAAUACAACAUUCCUACCGCCGCUUUCCAGUCCUUCGACGCCUCGCAGGUCGACGAGUCUCUCGCCUACAUCCAGAAGCUCGGUGGUGCUCAACAGGUCGUCCUCAAGGCUUCAGGUCUCGCUGCCGGUAAGGGUGUCCUUCUUCCCGAGUCCGAUGCCGAGGCUCACAAGGGUGUCGAGGACAUCCUCGUCAACAAGGUCUUUGGUGAUGCUGGCUCUUCGCUCUUGAUCGAGCAGAGGCUUGUCGGCCCCGAGCUUUCGGUUCUUGCCUUCUCCGAUGGUUACACCAUCACUGCUCUUCCUGGCUGCCAGGAUCACAAGCGCAUCGGUGAAGGUGACACUGGCCCCAACACUGGUGGUAUGGGUGCCUACACUCCCGCCCCUGAAGGUCUCGUCGACGACCUCCCAGCUCGCAUUCGUAAGGAGAUUCUUGUCCCCACUAUCGAUGGCAUGCGUAACGAAGGCUUCCCUUUCGUUGGUAUGCUCUUCGUCGGCCUGAUGCUUACCGCUGACGGCCCCAAGGUUCUCGAAUACAACGUUCGCUUCGGUGACCCAGAGACCGAGGCUCUCCUUGAGCUCCUCGAUGAAUCCAAGACUAGCCUUGCCGACAUUGUCCUCGCCUGUGUCGAGCGCCGCCUCGACUCGGUCAAGCCCGUUGUGCGCAACCAGCACGCCGUCAGCAUCGUCCUCGCCAGCCAAGGCUACCCUGGCAAAUACCCCAGUGGCGUCCCCAUCACCAUCGGAGCAGUCCCCGGGAAUGUUACCGUCUACCAUGCUGGUACCAAGCUCGAUGCCAGCGGACAGCUCGUCACUGCCGGUGGUCGUGUGAUCGCUGUCUCUGCAUUUGGCAACACACUUCAAGAGGCCGUCGAGCUCGCCUACAAGGGUGUCGAUGCAGUUCAGUUUGAGGGAAAGACUUUCCGACGUGAUAUCGCUCACCGAGCUCUCAAGCCCGCUGCUGGCUCCUCAGCUGCCGGUCUCACCUACGCCGCUGCCGGUGUCGACAUUGACGCCGGUAACUCGCUUGUUGAGGCGAUCAAGCCUUUGGCCAAGUCGACACGCCGUCCAGGCUGCGACGCUUCGCUCGGAGGCUUCGGUGGUACCUUUGACCUCAAGGCUAUUGGCAUGCGCGACCCCGUUCUCGUCUCCGGUACUGACGGUGUCGGCACCAAGCUUCGCGUUGCCCUCGACAUGGGCAAGCACGAUACCGUGGGUAUCGAUCUCGUUGCCAUGUCGGUCAACGACUUGCUUGUUCAGGGCGCGGCGCCACUCUACUUCCUCGACUACUUUGCGUGCUCCAAGUUGAAGGUGCCAGUCGCCGCUUCGGUCAUCUCUGGUAUCGCAGAGGGCUGCCGACAGGCCAAGUGUGGUCUUAUUGGUGGUGAGACCGCCGAGAUGCCCGGCAUGUACGAGGGUGAUGACUACGAUCUUGCGGGCUUCGCUGUUGGUGCUGUCGAACGCGAGGCUCUCCUUCCUUUGCUGGAUCAGCUCAAGGCCGGCGAUGUUCUCGUUGGUCUGCACAGCUCUGGUGCUCACUCGAAUGGUUUCUCGCUCAUCCGAAAGAUUCUUUCCCGAUCAGGUCUCAGCCUUUCAGCACCCUGCCCGUGGUCGGCAGAGAAGGACGGCUCCAAACCCGCCGCCACCCUCGGCGAGGCCCUGAUCGCUCCUACCCGUAUCUAUGUCGAAGCUCUCACACCUCUCUUCUCUGAGGCACAAGGUCUACUUGCUUUGUCGCACAUCACUGGAGGUGGAUUCACAGAAAACAUUCCUCGUAUUCUUGCUCCUGGCAAGGCUGUCGAGAUCGACCUUGCAUCAUGGCAGCGACCUGCUCUGUUCGACUGGUUGCAAGCCACAGGCAAUGUCGAGCCCGAAGAGAUGGCUAGGACAUUCAACAACGGUAUCGGCAUGGUCCUCAUCAUCCAGCAAGAGCAGCAGCACAGGAUCCUUGGUCUUCUCCAACAGGCUGGUGAGCGACCUGUCGUCAUGGGCCGUGUAAUUGACGGCGAGGGCGUUCACUACACCAACAUGCAGAGCUGGGCCCUAUGA